CCCUAUGUCUGGCGAGAUCUCAUCAAAUAACUGAAGAUCAAAUAUGACAUUUAACCCUUCAUAAGAUUAUAAUUACAGUGAAUGUCAAUGGCAAUUGACUCGGUUCCAUUCUUUCUCGAUACUAACCUCCAGGAUAGAGGCAUCGGUGAACCGAAUGGUUGACGAGACAAGGACGGUUCAUUUUAGCGCCAUUCUUCAUCUGCAACUCCGUGAGAUCGUACGCAUCGUCAAGUUAUCUGAUCUUCCAUGAAACUUGAAGGGUCCUCAUUUCCAUGGGGGCCAGAUCGCUGAAGAGAAGGCCCAUUAAGCAGCAUAACCUUGAACCUCAGGCUUCCAUGGCUUCUUCGCGGCGUAAGGUGGGUUCUGAUAAAAAGUUCUCUGUGCUUCUUUUGGCUUCUCUAGCCAUUGCUGUCAUUGGUCUCUUCGUCAUUUGGUCGAACAGUAGGUGCAACAUUGAACCCGGAGUAUCGUAUGAGAUUAUUCGUGUGGUCAACGAAUUUCCUCACGAUUCUGACGCCUUUACUCAGGGCCUUCUUUAUGCUGAAAAUGAUACCUUGUUCGAGUCAACUGGUCUUUAUGGGAAGUCAUCUGUCAGGAAAGUUUCUCUUCAUACUGGACAGAUUGAAGUUCUUCAAAAGAUGGAUGAUUCUUUGUUCGGGGAAGGCUUAACUCUUAUUGGUGAAAGAAAGGGAAACGUGAUCAAAUAUUGGGAUUUCUUGGAUUCCCUCAUUUACCUUGCUCCUCUUUUACAGCAAUUCACUCAUGAGAUGAAAGAUGGUUGGGGUCUGGCAACUGACGGAAAAGUCUUAUAUGGAAGUGACGGCAGUUCAACAUUGUAUCAUAUUGAUCCUCAUACAUUUAAAGUUAUAUCUAAACAAGUUGUCCACUUUAAAGGACAUCAAGUACACAAUCUCAACGAAUUGGAGUUUAUAAAUGGUGAAAUUUGGGCCAAUGUAUAUAUGACUGAUUGCAUAGCAAAGAUCUCUCCAAAGGAUGGUGGUGUUCUUGGAUGGAUUCUCCUCCCAAAUUUGAGGCAAGAACUGAUUGCAGCUGGUGGGAUUAAUGGUAUUGAUGUUUUGAAUGGCAUAGCAUGGGAUAGUGAACAAAAGAGAGUUUUUGUUACCGGAAAACUAUGGCCAAAGCUUUAUGAAAUCAGGCUUUUUCCUAUAAAGAAAUCAUUUAAGGAGGGGGUCAUUGAGCAGCUUUGCUUGCGCAAGCCUUUCAGGUUUACAACUUAGCUGUUCGUACACACUUCUAAGCAACUUCUUUGGAAGACUGGGCAGCCAAACUCAGCUUUGGAAAUGGUAUUUAAAAAGGGAAGUCAAUAAGUCUGUCAAUUGGCUUACUAAAGCAGCCCAUGGUCUUGAUGUUCAUUUGUUGUACUUAAUUAACCCUCCCAUUGGAUGCAGGAGUUUAAUGGAGCUAGAUAUCCAUGGCAGCUAGAGUGCUCUGUUUUAUUUUGUUGUUGUUUGUCUGUUUAUUAUUAUUAUUAUUAUUAUUAUUUUGGGUGCUUUUUGUUUCCUUUCAUUCGAGGGGGAAAGUAAAUGAAAUGGUAUUGUAACACAGCGACCUCAAAACAUAUUUAGUAGUGGAAAAUGCAUGCAGCCUCACAAGUGCCUUCUUGUACUGAGAACUAUUGUUCCAUUUAGAGUGAAACACGCUAUUGUUCAAACAA